CAUCUGACGUAAGGCCGUCGUCAGUUGGUGACGCCGUGUCUCUUUGUUGGCUUAGCAGCAGCGGCGACGUUUUGUUGUUAUUUUCGCCGCAGCUGAAAAACGGGCUCGGAUAAUUUUGGUUUUCGCAUUGUUCCGCAGUCAACGUUUCAUACGCUAUAGACCUUUAGGUGUGCUUGUCACUUGCUGAUAACCGCGCUAGGAAUGGACUCAGACGAGGGUUAUAACUAUGAAUACGACGAUGAAGAGGAGGAAUGUAGCGAGGACAGCAACGAAGAGGAAGCCGACGACGACACCCUGGAGCUCGGGGAGGUGGAGUUGGUCGAUCCCGUGGUGGCCGGCGGGGAGCGAGACGAGUGCGGUGAGACUGGCGGAGGGGGCCACGGCCCUGGCGAGGAAGAGGAGGAAGACUACCGCUUCGAGGUUUUGACUGCCGAGCAGAUUCUCCAGCAUAUGGUCGAGUGUAUCAGGGAGGUCAACGAGGUCAUCCAGAAUCCUGCAACAAUAACACGGAUCCUUCUCAGUCACUUCAAUUGGGAUAAAGAAAAGCUCAUGGAAAGGUAUUUUGAUGGUAAUCUGGACAAGCUUUUCUCUGAGUGUCAUGUUAUUAACCCAAGUAAGAAGCCCCGGAUACGUCCUCCAAUCAACACUAGAUCAUCGGCACAGGACAUGCCAUGUCAGAUCUGCUAUCUGAACUUCCCCAACACUUAUUUUACAGGCCUGGAGUGUGGACACAAGUUCUGCAUGCAGUGUUGGGGAGAUUAUCUGACCACCAAAAUCAUUGAAGAAGGAAUGGGACAGACCAUUUCUUGUCCUGCUCAUAGCUGUGACAUUUUGGUUGAUGACAACACAGUCAUGCGCCUCAUAACAGAUUCAAAAGUGAAGUUGAAGUACCAGCAUUUAAUUACAAAUAGUUUUGUAGAGUGCAAUCGACUGUUAAAGUGGUGCCCUGCACCAGACUGCCAUCAUGUUGUCAAAGUCCAGUACCCAGAUGCCAAGCCAGUGCGGUGCAAGUGUGGACGCCAGUUCUGCUUCAACUGUGGAGAAAACUGGCAUGACCCUGUGAAGUGUAAGUGGCUGAGAAAAUGGAUUAAGAAAUGUGAUGAUGACAGUGAAACUUCAAACUGGAUUGCAGCAAAUACCAAGGAGUGUCCAAAAUGCCAUGUGACCAUUGAGAAAGAUGGUGGCUGUAAUCACAUGGUUUGUCGAAACCAGAACUGCAAAGCUGAGUUCUGCUGGGUCUGUCUGGGUCCAUGGGAACCUCACGGCUCAGCCUGGUACAACUGCAAUCGCUACAAUGAAGAUGAUGCCAAGGCAGCCAGAGAUGCUCAAGAGCGCUCCAGGGCAGCCUUGCAGAGGUACCUGUUCUACUGCAACCGCUACAUGAACCACAUGCAGAGUCUGCGCUUUGAGCACAAGCUCUAUGCUCAGGUCAAGCAGAAGAUGGAGGAAAUGCAGCAGCACAACAUGUCCUGGAUUGAGGUGCAGUUUCUGAAGAAGGCUGUGGAUGUGCUGUGCCAGUGCCGCUCCACACUCAUGUUCACUUACGUCUUUGCCUUCUACCUCAAGAAGAACAACCAGUCCAUUAUUUUUGAGAACAACCAGGCAGACCUGGAAAAUGCCACUGAGGUGCUGUCAGGCUACCUAGAGAGGGACAUUUCCCAGGAUUCCUUGCAGGACAUCAAGCAGAAAGUACAAGACAAGUACAGAUACUGUGAGAGCAGGCGAAGAGUGCUGCUACAGCACGUGCAUGAAGGCUAUGAGAAGGACCUGUGGGAGUACAUUGAGGAUUGAGAACACGUCCCAAUGCAACGGACUCUUGAGUAUCUUGACAAACUAGAGCGCUGAUGCAAUUUAACAGGGCAGCACGGGCCUUCUGCCGCCUCUCCUUUGGCAAACCAACCACUUUUGCAUCAUUUUUUUUUUCCUGGAUUUGUUUAACAAAAUCUUCAAAGUAAAUUAUAUUUAAAUAAAGGGUAGAGUAAUAAAAAGAAAGUGUACUACAGUAUUGUUAGCAACAGAGUGGAGUCUUGAGAAAGCAGAAGAUCCAUCUUAAACAAAUACAUCCUUUUGGCUUGUAUUGUAAUACCUCCCCUGAUCUUAUUUUCCGCUGUUGUAUUUUGUUUUUUUGCUUCUUUUUUUUUUUUUGUUUUUUUGUUGUUUUUCUUUUUUUUUUGUUCUUUUUGUUUUUUUCUUUUUUUUUUGCUAGUGAAUCUUUUCUGUUUUGAUUUUGACUUUCGUUUUUCCCAUCAGUGUGAAAAUUUUUUCAACACAGCUUUAAUUGUCCUGGCCAUGUCUGCAAUAUGUGGUGAGAUCCUUGUCUGAGUGGCUGAAUGUUGAUAGGCUGAUUGCAAAGGGGCAAAGACAUUUCAGGGGGGAAAAGAAGAAAAAACAUAAGAACAAAAUAGUGAGUAUGUAUUUUUCAAUUUGUAAAUAGUCCAUAUGCAUGGAAGUUCAAGAGCAAGAGUGGCACGUGUUUGCAUAAUUUUCAAAUAUUUAUUCUUUACCGAUAUUGAAAACGGUGUACUUUUGCCAUGUAGGUUGAGUCUGUAUACUCUCCACAGACUGUUGGUAUUUUGAAGGUCUUUGGCAAUAAGACAUUCGUCCUGUCAUCUGCAGUCUCUUCAGAGCAGUCACAAGUUACACCUAAACAGUAACUCAGCAUGGAGACUGACAGAAUUUACUUUAGUUUCCAGGUAAUCGCAUAGAGGACUCAAUGAAAGUGCACAGUGGAGUUAGAAAAUCAGAGAGCAGGAUAAAGUUUUACAGGUCAGAGGUGAGGUAGAAUGCACCGGCCCAGUGUCCCUCUAUGCUAACCUUUUGUUGUACCCUCCUAGUUGUUUUUAGAGGUGUUUAACAUUUAAGAACAUUACUAAUUAUUUGCAAGAGCCAAACUGAGUGACAUUCACUCUUUUUUUUUUUUUUUUUUUUUUUCCCUCUCUUUCCUGAUGUGGCUUGAGGUAGCCCUCUUAAAGCUCAGCUUGCACCUUGGGGAUUGAAUGAGGGUAAUGGAAUGUACUGACAGCGCGGCGUUGUAGUGCUGCUAAUUGGGCUCGAUCACUGUCAAACAGGGUCAGGCAUCUGCAUCGCUCUUGCAGGGAAUAUUGGGGUGGCAGGAGGCUGGUAGUGGCAUCAUCUCCUUUUGGGAGCUCUCUUGCCUUGCAGUGAGACUGAACAUUGCUUUAACUGAGCUACACAGAUGGAUGUGUGAUCCUUAAGGAGAUGGAGAUAGGACAAACUUCUAAAGGUUGUAGGAGUGUUUUGUAAUGCUAUUAUGCUUUUUCAUUAAAGACUGCAAUUUUUCUCUCAUGGGUUGAGGUUUUCGCAUUGAAAUGUCAGUGCCCCCCCAGGUUUUGCAUUGCUCUGUGUGGCGGUAGCUCUGGUUGUCAAGUUCUCUGCUUGUAAAUGCUUGUUCAUGUCUCUGAAAUAUGGCAAUCUUCAAAAGAUUGGCUGGUGGGGACGUGAUUAUACAGGCACUGAUACGAGUCAGAAGAUGACACCAAAGUGUCAGCCAUCACUGAAACACAUCCUUUGCCCCAGUUUCAGAUCUUUGGGGAAUUCUUUCCCAAAUGCUUCUUAUGUGUUCAAACGCAUUAUUUUAUCCUAGCAAAUUAUAAAACUGUAUUGUUUAUUUGAAUAAAUGUCAUGACAAAUCUCA